GCCGGGCGACUCAGCCGGUGCAGCCAUGGGCUCCCGCGGCUCCCACGCCGCGCGCAUUCCCGACGGGGACAGCAUCCGGCAGGAGACGGGCUUCUCGCAGGCCAGUCUGCUCCGCCUCUACCACCGGUUUCGGGCACUGGACAGGAACAAGAAGGGCUACCUGAGCCGCGUGGAUCUGCAGGAGAUUGGGGCGCUGGCCGUGAACCCCCUGGGAGAGCGCAUUAUAGACAGCUUCUUCCCUGACGGGAACCUGCGAGUGGAUUUCCCAGGCUUUGUCAGAGUCCUGGCUCAUUUUCGACCUGUGGAUGAUGAGGACCCAGGCAUGCGAGACCCCAAGGAACCUGAACCCCUCAACAGCAGAAUGAACAAACUUCGGUUCGCAUUUCAGCUCUAUGACCUGGAUCGAGAUGGAAAGAUCUCCAGGCAUGAGAUGCUACAGGUCCUCCGGCUGAUGGUUGGGGUGCAGGUGACAGAAGAGCAGUUGGAGAGCAUCGCGGACCGCACGGUGCAGGAAGCGGACGAAGAUGGGGAUGGGGCCGUGUCCUUCCUGGAGUUCACCAAGUCCUUAGAGAAGAUGAACAUCGAGCAGAAAAUGAGCAUCCGGAUCCUGAAGUGACCCCCUUUGUGCCUUUGACUAGCUUACACAGACCAGUUCAGCCUGGGAUUUAUCUUCAGCCCCCCAAGGGGCAGGGCCCCCAUAAACUGUAUUUUUGUGUCUAUGCUAAACUCUGUUUAGGACCAAGGAGAGAAAGCCAGAAGGGUGUGUACUAAAUAAAGUCUAGCUCAUUUGAUCUCAGAUUUGUCAAUCAGCCAGCAAUCUUCCGGUUGCCAGAGACUGAAAACCCAACUUAUAGUGCCUUGAGUAAAAAAGGGAUUUUAUGGGCUCAUGUAAUUAAAAAGUUUGAAAGUGUCUUUAGAAUGCUGGAAAAGUCUGGAAGUGUCCUCAGGCACAGUUAGAUUCAAAGUGCUCACACAAUGCUAUCAGGACUCAGUGAUUCAUUUCUCAAUCGGCUUUCUUUCGUGUCGGCUUUAUUCUCAGGAGGGCUCUUUCCCCAUGGUGGAGGAUGGCCACCAGAAGCUCCAGGCUUCCAUCCUACUAGCCUAGUAAUCCAGUGGGAAGGGAUUUCCUUUUUCAGUAAUUCUGAGCUAAGGGUGUCAUUAGCCUGAGUGGGUUCUUGUCCCUAGCUCCAAGGGAAUGGAGUGCUCUAACUGACCCAGCCUGUGUCAUGUGCUAACUGCUAAAGCCUGAGCACUCAGGGUGGGGUAAGGAGUAGCUGUUUACAGGAAAAUGAGGUGUCAUUAUCAGAAAAAAGGGGAAUGAUGCCAGUUGGGCAAAACAAGAGAUAUCCAUUACUGUUAGGUUGACCCAACUGCGGGGGGGGAGGGGGGAAGAAUUCUUGAAGUCUGACUUUUUAAAUGGGUUUUCACCGAUUCUGUGGGUGCACACCAGGGGGAUGGGGGUGGGCAGGUGGGGGCACAGAUGAUAUAAAAGUAAUAAACAAGACAUACUUUCCCAGGACAUGACAUUAUUCAAAGACUUGGAGAAUAAUUCCAUUUUUUUCACGGUAAGAUGUUCAAACAUUGCUAUAUCACAGAAUAGAGGGUAAAAGUCGCAUAAAAUUGUGAGAUCUUAUGUCUACAGCAAAAUGCUCUCGCUGUGCCUAUGGGAGAUGCUGUUGGUACCCUGCCCAUUCUCUCCUACCAGCGCUGUGCUGGAGCUCUCUUACGUCAACACAUGGGAGGCAAGCAUGCUUCUGGCUUCCGUCUGUGCUUUCAGUGAUGUUACGUUGGUAGCUUGGGUUGGCUGUGGCGGGGAUAUUUACACCAAGGACAUUGGUAAAUGCAAUAGACCAGGGCUUUUCUGCUUAGGAGAGCCUGUUGUUAAACAUUUAGCAGCACACCACCUGCUCAGCAUUCACCAUUCCUGUAUGUGUUGGUGGCUUCCAUUUUACCCCAGCUUUAUUGUAUCGUAAUUGGUGUGCAAAGAACUGCACAUAAUUGAUGUAUACAAUGUGAUGAGUUUGGACAUAGGUAUACAUUCAUGUUACCAUCGCCAUGAUCAAGUAAUAAACAUCCAUCAUCUCCAAAAA